CAGCAGAGGAACGCGGGGUGCUGGCUGUUUCUACAUAUAAGGCAGAGGAACCCCUCGUUUCGAUUCCCCCACACACUUGUCACCUUCCUCCCCGUGAGUCACCAGCGCCAGCCGUCCGAUCCGGUGACGAUGCAAGGCGUGGCGAGAAAGAUUCUAGAGGCCGCGGCCGGCGCGCCGGCGUCGGAUGCCCCCAGCGACCGCGAAUUCGUCAUCAUCCUCGCCUCGCUCCUCUGCGCGCUCAUCUCCGUCCUCGGCAUCGGCCUCCUCAAGCGGUGGUGCACGUGCGGGCGCGGCGGGACCGGGCCGCGGGCGGAAGCGGCCGCCGCCAACAGGGGCGUCAAGAAGGCGGUGCUCCGCGCGCUCCCCACCGUGCCGUAUGUCGCCGCGGCUCCCGGCGGCGGCGAAGGCCGGAAGGCGGAGGAGGCCGCGGCGGCGGAGUGCGCCAUCUGCCUCGCGGAGUUCGAGGACGGCGAGUCCAUGCGCGUGCUGCCCCAGUGCGGCCACGGGUUCCACGCCGCCUGCAUCGACAAGUGGCUGCGCGGGCACUCGUCGUGCCCCUCCUGCCGCCGGAUCCUGGUCCUCGAGCUGCCGCCCGGCGAGCGGUGCCGCCGCUGCGGCUCUCGGACCGACGCCGGCGCUUGCCGGAAGCCGACCCACUACAGCGACAUGCCGCCGUUCCUGCCGUAGGCAGCAGAGCAGAGAGUAGAGCUAGAACAAGACCCGGAGAAAUCGACCAAUCCAUAAGCAAUCCCAUUGGUUAAAUUUCUCGUUUGCCUCUUUCACCUUCCCUCGUUUAUUGGUACAUUUUACUAGUGCCUAGUUGGUAAUGCGUAGCAUCUGGGAAUGGCGGAGUCCGGGAUCAUGGUCUGCAACAUUCUAGCUCUGUACAUUUUGUAAAUAGUAUGAAAAGAUAUGCGACCAACUUUGAUCGGGA